UCAAUGAUUAACUAAAAGCAGUGCAAUAACAAUUGCUACAUGUUCAUCGGCGCGAUGGUGAGUAUCCCUGGCGCAUAAGACGGUGCAUUCGCCCAGCAAUGUCGUAUGUUUCGGCAUACUGGGAAACAGUGCAGUCUGGAACUAUGCCUGGAGUCGGAGCUCAAUUAGGGAUUUCGAAUUUUUUUGGGGUUGGCAAUAGCCAAAUCGAUGGUGGAACCUCGCCAAACCAAGCACCUGCAGCAGGAACACAAGAAGCGAACUACACGAAAGGUGCCGGCCAACGGCGGCAGCAAUAAAUAAAUCAACACGUGACCGAAUGUCGGAAGUAGCUGCCAGACAUUUUAUUUUCAUUUUCUCAUUGUCUAUGGUUUAACUUAGAAAUAUGCGUUUAUAUUGAACUGAUUAAAAUACUUCAUCAAUUUGUACAUUCAAUUCUUUUUUUUGGGUUCUAUUUUAGGUUAUAUAGAAAUUUUCAAAUUUGAAACGGUAUUAUUUUACUGUGUUUUUUUAAAUCUGGUAAGUAGGUUUUUAAUUUCAUUGAGGUGUACUAAAACAUGGCUGAUUUGGCCGGCGAUUGUUGCAAUGGCUGUAGCGAAAGGUUGCUAUAACGAAAAGUAUAUGUUAUGGAAUUUCCCUGUGCUGGAUUACCAACCAUUUAUGCAAUAACGCCAACAUACACAAGGUGGACACAAAAGGCAGAAUUAACGAGGUUAUGCCACACUUUUCUUCAUGUUCCAAAUUUUUUCUGGAUUAUUGUAGAAGACUCAGAAGCAAAAACUGAUCUAGUUGCAAGGUUUCUCAGAAAUUGUGGAUUACCUUAUGCUCAUGUGAAUGCAAAAACAGACAGCAAUUUCAAAUUGAAAUCAUCCGAUCCAAGUUGGCUAAUGCCUCGAGGUGUGGCACAAAGGAAUGAGGGACUUAAAUGGAUUCGCAAGAAUGUUAAACUGGGGACACCUGGUGUUCUGUAUUUUGUUGAUGAUGACAAUACAUAUUCAUUGCGGAUUUUCGAAGAAAUGAGAUUCACGAAAACUGUUUCAGUUUGGCCUGUAGGAUUAGUGGGUGGGUUGAAAUUUGAAGGUCCAUUAUGUAAAAAUGGUAAAGUGAUGUCUUUUUAUACAGCUUGGAAACCAGAGAGACCCUAUCCUAUUGAUAUGGCAGGUUUUGCCACGAAUAUUGAACUAGUUCUUGAACACCCAGAAGCAGUUUUUUCUAAUGAAGUUCCUAGAGGAUAUCAAGAAUCACAUUUUUUGUCUAAAAUCGUUACAAGAGAAAAAUUGGAACCCAAAGACUUCAAAAUAUUAGUAUGGCAUACUAGAACGGAAAAACCGAACAUGAAGCAAGAAAUGAAACUUCAGAAAAUCGGUAAAGCUUCAGACCCUAAAAUGGAAGUGUGAUAAUCAUAAACAUGCUAAUCACUGUCUAACUGUGUAUACCCAAUGUUGAAGAUACAACUGCUUCAUAUCAAAUAUGCUCUUCAGCAUCAUGAUUUUUAUUAACUUAUAUUUUAUAUUGGAGUAUUGUAGUUAUCUUAUUUUUAUAUAUAGUAAGCUUAAUUUUAUAAUGUUUGGUGCACCUAUCUCAGCAGUAUGUUAAUCAGAUGUUGAGACAUUAUUAUUUUUCUGUUUUUAUUUAUUAUUUGGUUGGAGAAUAUCUGAGAAUCAAAAAUACUAUAAAUUGCAUUGAUUUGAUAUGUUUUGCAGUUUAUUGUCAGUCCAAUUUUCUAUAGAUUUCAAAACCUCAACUAAUUGAAAUAGGUAUGAAUAUAAAUUAUCAUCUUGAAUUGUUCUAAGAUAAUGGAAUGCUCCGUCAAGCCCAUGCUUCACAGCAUUAUUGCCAUCUAACUGUAUUAUAUUUCGCCAUGCUGUUGUCUGCGCUGCGACAUCUAGUAAUAUAUCUUUUAAUGAAAUUAACAUAUUUUUUUAUCUUACUUUUCUAAAUAG